UAAGUAGGCUUACAGCAGCGUCUCUAUAACGUAUCAAGGGCGUCUGCUCUGUCCCUUCAUAGGGACUACACGCGGCUCCUCCCCUGCCCUUGACAGCAAAGAUGGCGAGUGCAACCAAAUUCAUCCAGAGGUUAAGGAACUGGGCGUCCGGGCAUGAUCUACAGAGCAAAUUGCAGCUGCGUUACACUGAGAUUUCAAAGAGGACACAGCCACCCCCAAAUCUGCCUGUUGGCCCAAGUCACAAGUUGGCAAACAACUACUACUGCACCCGAGAUGGGAGAAGAGAAUCCUUUCCUCCCCUUGUUGUAAUGUCUCCAUACAAGGUUCUACCUUCUGGAGGUCAGGCUUCAAGUACUGAUACCGCAGUAGCAACAGCAGCGAAAAAGGCAGUAGCUCCUGGGUCUCCUCCUCCUAAAAUGGAAUUAUCUAAAGAUGAGCCAUAUCUCUAAAUUAAAUAUGUAUCAAAUACACUUUAAUGUAUAUAGACAUUUGCCUGCAUAAAUAAAGUAUUUCUUCCCAGAAA